AUGACCCUCUCCGGCGCCAUCAUCGCCACCGCCUGCGUCGGCUCCGUGUACGCCCUCCGACGGCGCAUGCGCGGCCGCGGCGAGGGACGGGGACGCAGUCUGGCGACACUCGAGCCGCUCCCCGAUGUCGCGGCGCUGAGUCCUCUGGUGCUGCGCAUCCUCGGCGGCAACCCAGGCCUGUAUACGCUGCAAGAAAACCUGCCGCGGCUGCUCUCUGCCAUGGAGGGCGCUGGCGUGCGGCGCGUGAGCGACGUGCUCAUCUCUCACUACCACCGCGACCACACGGAAGGGCUGAUCGAGCUGCGGCGGCACUUUGGCCCCUCGCUCCGCGCGUGGAAGGUUGACCCGCCUUAUGCUGGCGCUCACGGGCCCUCCGCCUCGCCGGUUUUUGCAGAGCUGCGCCCGCUGCAGGGCGGGCAGGACGGCUCAGCGUCGCUUCGCGUGCUGUGCACCCCCGGCCACACCCCGGACCACGCGUGCUUCGAGCUUUGCGAGGAGGGCUCCGUCUUCACCGGUGACUGUGUGCUCGGCGGCUCCUCCGCGGUCUUUGAGGACCUGCACGACUACAUGACAUCGCUGAAGAGUGUGCUGGCGGUGGCGCGGGGGCGGCUCUACCCCGGACACGGGCCUGUGAUAGAGGACGGCGCCGAGGGCAUCCGCAGCUACAUCGGCCACCGCGAGGCGCGCGGGGGAGAGGGGCGAGGCUCGGCAGAGGCGGGAGAGGAGGCGCGCGAGGCGCAGAUCGUCGCCGCCCUCGAGCAGACGUCGUGGUGCGGGCUCUCGCCACUGGGGCUUGUGCGCCGCGUCUACCCGCGGCUGCCCUGGACGCUGCGCCUCGCCGCGGCGCACAACGUCGCGCAGCACCUCGACGCGCUGCAGAGGCAAGGCAGGGUGGCUCGCCGGGCGUGGCUGCCGCUGCCCCGCGGGUACUUCCGCCUCAUCGCGAUGCUGGCCAGCUGGUGG